UGUAUUAUCGACAUGGCCGACAGCGAAUUUGAAGAAUUUCGCCGGGUAUUCGAUAAACUACCACAACACAUAAAGGCUCCAACGCCAUUUUACUCGUUAGUGCCAAAUGUCGGGUUGGAAGAUGAAUCGCCGUCGUCAAAAAGUGAGGGUACACCUGAUGAGGAGGUGGGUGAGGCUGAACAGUGUAAUGCGACGCAAACAGAUUCUUCUCCAGUAAAUCAGACAGAUGUUACCGACGCACAACGCAGCCCGCUCCACCAAACAUUCGCCAAUGGCGAAAGAAGGAGGAGAAAGUUACCUGAAAUACCCAAAACAAGGAAACCAACACUAGUUCCAUCAAAUCAGCCAGCAUCAUUAGCUGAUGAAUUAGGAGCAUUAACUGGUGUACUUAUACGACCAGGGUGUCAAGGACGACCACUUCUGGUACUCAAGUGUGGCUACCUCCUCGACGAAGACUCUAGUCCUGAUUCUGAAAGAUUACAAAGUCUAGGUGAUGUCGACAGUGGGCACAGUACAGCGCACUCACCCAUCGAUACAGGCCCGAAGAGCUUAUCACCGACGCCCUUGCAGCAAAAUGUUUCCCCUUCAUCGAGUUGCAGUAUUAGCGGCAUUAAUUUUUCUGGUAAUAUGACAACGGUUCCUCACAGUCAACUUGAGAUGUUAGAAGCAACCCACAGAGGUCUGCACAAAUUCAAUCCGAGACACCACGAUGAGAUUGAAGUUGAAAUCGGUGACCCGAUUUACGUACAAAAGGAAGCAGAAGAUUUAUGGUGUGAAGGUGUUAAUUUACGAACAGGUCAACAAGGUAUUUUUCCGUCAGCUUACGCAGUGGAUAUGGAUUAUAAUGAUUUUGAUCCCGCAAAUGCCAAAGUUAAAAGAGAAAGAUAUUUAUUAGGGUACAUGGGAUCAGUUGAAACUUUAGCACACAAAGGGACAGGAGUGGUAUGUCAGGCUGUUAAAAAAAUAGUAGGUGAAUGUAACGGCGAACCCGGGACACAACCUUGCAUAUUAGAAGUAUCAGACCAAGGUCUUCGAAUGGUCGAUCGAUCGAAACCUGACCGGAGUCGAAGUGGUCCUUGCAUCGACUACUUUUACUCCCUCAAGAACGUUUCCUUCUGCGCUUUUCAUCCUCGCGAUCAUCGGUACUUGGGUUUCAUAACCAAGCAUCCGACGCUACAGAGAUUUGCUUGUCACGUCUUCAGAGGAUCGGAAUCGACGAGGCCUGUAGCGGAAGCUGUUGGGAGGGCGUUUCAAAGGUUCUAUCAGAAGUUCAUUGAAACCGCUUAUCCAAUUGAAGAUAUCUACAUAGAAUAAAACAAAAAAAGCAAAGUGACUUUUUGUCUUCGUUUUACGCUUAUGUAUUAAAAAGAA